AUGGAGCUGCACGCAUGCGGCUUCAACGGUCAUAAUCAACUAAAGGCCGACGCUGAGAGGCUGGAUAAUCCAUCGGAUAUCUACUCUUUCACCAAGAUUGCCUCUGGCCACGACAUUGGCGUGGCUCACGCCGGAUGGAGUCAAACACUGGUCAAACACAACACGACCCUGGUCGGCCUGGGACAUAACCUACCCCCCGGCGUCCCCCUCUGGGACGGACCUCCUCUCUCCUCCUUCUUCGGAACGCACGGUGGGUUGAUCGGUGCGCUAGGAGAGAAGGGCGAGCUCUGUCGCUUUUCACAUGAGUCCUACCCCGCCUUCACGCUUCGAGGCGACGAGAGCAGUCCUAGGCUUGCGCACGUUGCAAUCAACAAUGCGGACCGUGUCACUAUCAUCUUCCUGGCGUCACCGGCGGCAAAUCUCAUGCACAUCCUCGAAUUCAGCUCGGUACUUGGAUUCUUUGGAUGGUACAGUGAUCCCUCUGCGGAUCCGCCAGCGAACGGUGUGUAUAGCCAUCCAAGCCUGCCAACCGACAAACCGGAUAGUCGGGGUGAGAUACCCGCAGGUCUUCGACCAUCACUGAGUCGUGUCUCUGUAGUUGAUCGCCGCCAUUUCAUGGUACCUGGCCGGGCAAAGAAGCUCGUAGCUUUCGCGACCGGCUUCGUCCUCCUGACAGAGACUGGCGAGGUCUACACAUGGGGAGACGCACGCCAUGACCGCUGCCUGGGUCGGUCCGUAGAUGCCGCAGACAACCCGGCAGACGAGCCUCGCCUCGUGGAAGCUCUCGCGGGCAUCCCGAUCGCUAAAGUCGCAGCCGGCGGGUGGAUUUGCGCUGCUUUGAGCAAAGAACGGGACCUCUACAUCUGGGGGUUAGGAACGCCGGGCUCAGAAGGGCGGAAGAUAGAAGCCUUAAACAAUGUCAGUCCGCUCCCACCACACAGCAAAGAAAGCGGCAUCCUUUAUGACCUAGGGGAAGAGCAUAGCGCUGACUCAGCUGAGCAGGACGAGGAUGUGACAUUGAUUGAACUGGAGAGCGGGCUAGACGUCGUAGAUGUGGGUGUUGGGACCGGCCAUGUGGUCGUCGUUGCGGAAGGGGGACGAAUUUAUACAGUCGGCGACAAUGACAACGGCCAACUGGGGCUUGGGAAAGAUGCUCAGAGCUUCCACAAAGACUGGACGGAGAUAAAGGAAUUCCGAGAAAAGAGCUUUAAGGGUGUCACCUGUGGUCCUCGUUCGAGCUUCAUUCUUGUUCAGUAA